ACACCUUUCCUUUCCUUUAAAUAUCUUUUUUUUAUUUUAUUUUUAUUAUUAUUUUCUAUUCUCUCUUUUUAUAUAUAUAUAUUUCAUGUUGACUAAUUUAUUCGUAAUAGGUGCUAUUGCCUUGACUACCAUCAAUGGUCAAACUACCAGUUUCACUUUUAAGGAAACUUAUCCUGAAGCUGGUGUUGUUCCUACUGCUAAACCUGAAUGGCUUAAUCUUCUUAAAAAUGCUACUAUUACAAAUGCUCCUGUUUAUAAAGUUAGUCCUGGUCAAGGUCCUCAACCUCAAACUCAAGGUGAUCCUUAUUGUGAUUGGACUUUUACUGGAUGUUUUGGAAAAGAAGAUUUGUAUCAAUGUCCUAAAGGUCAAUGGGCUCCUACUUACGAUGAUGGUCCUUCUGAAUUUAGUGCUAAAUUAUAUGAUGAAUUGGAUAAAACCAAUACCAAAGCUACUUUCUUUAUGGUAGGUGGUCAAGUCCACAAGUUCCCUGAAUUGGUUCAACGUGCUUAUAAAUCUGGUCAUGAAAUCGCUAUGCAUACUUGGUCCCAUAGUUAUAUGACUUCUUUGACAAAUGAACAAAUUGUUGCUGAAUUGAAAUGGAAUGAACAAGUCAUCAAGGAAGUCACUGGUGUUAGUCCAAGAUUCUUUAGACCUCCCUAUGGUGAUAUCGAUAAUCGUGUUCGUGAUGUUGCAAAGGCUCUCGGUUUCUCCGCUGUGAUUUGGACUCAUGACACCAAUGAUUGGGCUUUGACUGAAAAUCCCAACUUCAAGGCUUCUUGGAUCGAUGGUAACGUUACAAAAUGGGCAUCUGAAGCUGCCAGUUCUCCUAAUGGUGGUGUAUCUUUGGAACAUGAUUUAUAUAAUGUUACUGUUGAUGCUGCUGUUCGUGUUUUGCCUACCUUUUUGAAAACCUGGAAAGUGACCACUGUCGGUGCUUGCAAUCAACAAAUUUCCUAUAAAGAAGGUGCUGGUACUAGUGUUUCUGCUACUAAUGCCACUACUUCUGCUGCUCCUUCUUCUUCGGCUUCUUCCAAACCCAAUACUCCCUCCAACAGUGUUGCUAGUCCAUCUGGUGUUGAAAGUGCUCAAUCUCAAACAAGCAAGAGUGGUGCCGUAGCCAUCAAUGCUAGUAUCUUUGGUCUUGGUCUUGCCUCCAUCGUUGCCACUGCUUUAGCUCUCUGAUCAUUCCUUGACCCUAUUUUAUUAUGUUCCCACUUUUAUUAUAUUACUAUAUUGUCUUUUGGUUAGCGAUGGUUUAGUUAUGUACUCUAUAAUCUUAUGAACCCUUUCUUUUUGUUUCCAACAAUAAAAAAUCUCAAAUUAUAUCUGAUAGAAUUUAC